UGGAAGAUUAUGUUGAAUGUACCCUACAUGCCUUAAUGCCACUGAAAACAAGGAAUCAGAGUGAUUUCCUGAGCUUCUUACAACUAAUGUCUCCCUAUCCAAGUUCCGGAAGCAUUGUAGAGUAUGUCAAUGAGUACUCCACUUUGCCACAGUGAUCUUCUAAUAUUCAUAAUUGCCAAGUUACCAUGAAAAAUUUUCAGGAUGAUAAGUUCCAGCCAAGGACUGAGAUCGCAAUAAAGUAUUAUCCAAAAACACUUAUUCGAAAGAAGGAGGUUCUUAAGAAGAUCAAUGCAAGACCUUGCAAUAUUUUCAAACUUAAAAAUUCUGAGAAAAUUCCACAACCACAACAAUUCUUGCUCAGGAGUGGAUACAAAGACGAAUUCGCAUAUCUAAAGACUUCAAGCGAGUUUUAUUUUGAUGGCUUCGGAAUAGGAGACAGUGAUGACCUAGUCACCCUCUGUAUUUUUAGACUCAAGAGACAAGAGGAUAACACUAAGAAUCUUAUUGAGUUUCCAACUGAAGGAACAUUUUCAGGCCCUAGCAAAAUUUUCAAAGAUACAGAAGAAGAGGUUAAAGAAGAGGAGAAUCCAGAAACAGACCCAAAUAUUAAAAUAUACAUCCUCGAGCUAAAAGGAUACUGUCAUCUGACAGACUUGGAGGAGUAUUCUGAGAAGUUCUGUGAGUUUGCAGAGAAAUUUACCCCAUAUGUUCAGUUUAAACCAAGCACCCUCUAAAUC